AUGUCUACAUUAAUACCCACAGCAAGCGCCUGUUACAGUCUACAAUUACCCCCCACUGAAAAAGAUGAUCGUUUGAAUUUAAAUGUUAGAACAGGUUCAGCAUCUACACUAUACAACUCUUUAAUCUUUGUCCAUGGGGGAUUAACAAUAGGUUUAGAACUACUGAACUACACCAUCCCUGAACUAAAUGAGAUUUUUUACAAUCGGAUAAACAUAUCAGCAUCAAAAUAUAAAACCGUUGAAAAAUACUUGUCUGGGGAGCUUUUUUAUUUAAGUUUAAUAGAAAGAAAUUGGUCCCGUGUUGUUCUAGAAAACUCAGAAAUACGACCAAAGCCUAGAUUGUUGCAUCAGAUUUGUGCGUUUAACAAUUGUCUAUAUCUAUUUGGUGGAUUGGCUCUACUGCAAGAAAAUGACAACGAUGCAACAUUAGUUCCAUGCAAUGAUUUGUGGGAGUUUGACUUGGAACUUAAGAAAUGGACAUUACUAGAUGAUGGGUCAAAUUAUGAACUAGACGACGCAGUGCCAUGCCCACGUUUCAAUCAUAAAUUGACUGUUGUUUCUAGUUUGUCCUUUGCCAACAGAAAAGAUCAUUUCGGACUAUUUAUUGCCGGGGGUAAAGAUAAACAAUCCAAUGAUAUUUACGACAACUCUAUUUUUGACUUGGUGGAGAAAAGAUACGUGGGCUCACAACCUUUCCGAUUAGUGGCCACUACUGGAGACGAUGCAAAAGACAAAGCAACUGGAUUGAAUGAAUUUGCUUCAAGCCCAGAACAUUUUUUGAAUGUUGAUCAAACAAGAAAUGCUAUUUUGAGCAUCACCGAAGAUUCCGAUAUACCAAACCGUACACACAACAAAAACCCUACCAACCAUCAUGAGAGUAUUGUAGUGUAUGGUCCGACUAGACACAGUGGAGGCAGUCAGAAUUCUUUGGUUUCAUUUAAAGUAGGGAAAAGGGAAAUUAAAAGUGGUAGAGUAUUACGUCUUCACAAGAAUUCACGUGUCGCAAAAUCAAAACAACUGAUUGUCCCUUAUAAUCUAAGAUAUCCGACUGCAGGUUUGUUUGGCCAAAAUAUUGUGCUAACUGGAUUUCUACCCGAUGAAUACGAGAUCUCAAUUUUUGUAUACAAUAGGCCAACGGGCAAAUGGUCUCGGUUGAACAUAUUCUGUAGUCAUGAAUAUGGCAGUCAUAGAUUUUGGGGUGGCUUUGCAUGGCAGUCUCAUCAUAAAGUUAUUCUAAUUGGCAAUAGUAUGACUUCUAGAACAACUAGCAGUGUCCGAUUUUUCAGCAUCAUGUUGACUGUUAGCUUGCCCAUAACCAAUAUUCUAGUUAGUUCUGAAUUGUCAAAAGAUAGAUCAAGUAAUAGGAGAAGCUCGUUUGUUUCUCAUGGCGAACAAAGACACCACCGAAGCAAGAGUCAAAAUGAGAACUUUCUGAAAGGUGAACUAUCACUUGAAAGCACCACGGAGGAUCUGACAGACAGUAGCAGCGAUAAAGCGGCUGAAAGCGUAUUAGACGUUCCUAUCCCAUUGUCCAAUCUGAGAAGACAAUCAUUUUCAUCAUUUGGUAGUGACAAAUCACCAACUGCUGUGAGUUUUAGUGACUACGUUCAUUAUGCAGCCCCCAAAACCACAUAUACAACAAUAAGAUCAGUUUUCCCACCAGAGGCAAUAACAUUAGGUAGGAAUGCAUUUAACAGGAUUGGUGAUUUAAUUUCUGAUAUUGAGUUGGUUUCGUGUAACGGUGACAGAAUUCCCGUUUCGUCAGCAGUAUUGAUGGAGAGAUGGGGCCAGCAUUUUAUUCUGUUGUUAGCCAAAGGCUAUAUUAAUGCCGUUGACAAGUUUGAAACCGACCAAGCACUCGGGUUAGACGAGAAUCAAAGAUUGAGGUCAAAAUCCUCUAACUCUGAUUCAAGUUCAAGUGAUAUUCCCAAAUUGAAAUUUUCCUUAAGUGAGUCAUUGCUUUCUUCCUCCUCAGAUGAACACGAGAAAAAGGAAAAACCAGGAUUAAGUUCAGUUCACAAGUCUCACAAGGAUGUUCCACAGUUCAGAUUACCAUUUCAAGAUUCGAGCGAAUCAAUUAAUCGUGAGGAUGGGACCGACAGCAACAAGGACAGGAAAACGGGCGGUUCAUCAGUUUCAACAGCAAUAGAUCCCCACCAUGUAAUGCCGAGGAAAAACUCUACAAGCUCAUUUCAAUCCAAUUCAAGCUCUUUAUUAACUUCUCAUUUGCAGGAUAUACCACCCCAAUUACCUUUGCCAGACGAGCAAAUACCUGCUGUUCCAGCAGCUCCAGCAUCAUAUAGGAGUGCUUCUCGAAAAAAUUCACAAGAUCCUAGCUCCCCAAGAUCAUCACUAAUACACACAUUAACAGUUUUAAGAAAUAUUCCAGUAUCAAGAUCACCACGCGAGUCGCCAUUUUCUUCUCCACGGCCUUCGGUGUCUGGACAAAGUGGUGGCUCAUCAGAUUUGUUCAGCUCUCCAUUUCCCAGCUUGAAGGCAAAUUAUGGUAAGCAACCGUCCAAUUUGAGAAAAAAAUCGUUUGAUAUGAAUGACGGAGCCAUUGAAAGCUCACUUGACUCAUUUUCAUCAGGAAAAUCAUCGAUGGCAAAAGUUAGCGGGGUACCUGGUGACAAUCAAGACUCUGACGAGAGCUCUAUUGGUAUUCAAGAAUUUAAUAAAAACCCAAUAAGCAUGUUUGACAAUGCACUUUUGAAUUUUGAUAAUAUUGACAGUGAGAAUUUUAAAAUGGAACCUUCUUUAAUCCCAAGGAAGCUUUACAUCCCAUUUACAACGUUGACUGUCAAAGCAUUUUGUGAAUACUUGUACACCGGACAAAUCGGAAACAAAUGGUUGCUAGCACCAACAUUGAUGGACAAUUUAUUGAUAUCUAAAUUCUAUCGUGUGCCGUUGCUUUAUGACUUAAUAAGCGAAAUUUUGUUUGGUGUGAUUGGGAAAAAGGAGGCGUAUAUUAUUGGGGAAGCACGUAAGUUGAAAGCAAGGUAUUUGAAAUUAAGACAUGAAGCAAACAUCCCCACUGAUCCUGAUUAUGAGUUCCCCAUGGAUGAAUAUGAUGGGUUUUUGGAUAGUGUCGAUGAUGGAUACCUUGAUAUCACUUUGUUGAAAAAAGCUUCAAAAAUUCAUGCUGAUAGUGUUGCGAUCUCUUUGAAAAAGAAAUCUGUUACAAGUAAUAAUCUGCGAAAUACCUCGAUACCAAAAGAAGUCGCAACUACAACCGAAAGUAUAUUGGAAGAAGGAGAAAAACAACAACAAGAAACGGUUACUAAUGAUGAUGAAGACGAGUCUAGAACCGGUUCAACAAGCGAAGAAGAUGAGGUUGACAAAGAGUAUGGGUUGGUUUAUUUGGAAGCGAAAGACAAAUCAUUGCCUACUAUUGGGCCCAGAUCCAAAUCCAUUUUCGAUAGACAAGGUUUGGCUGCGAUUGAAAAAUUAGAGGAAGAACAAAAUGAGCAUCAUGCCCAUCUGAUUGUUGCGGGUGGUGACGAUCAUGAGAGUUUAACUACGUUGGACGAGCUAGUUGCAUCAGAUGCCCCUUCUGAUUAUGCCAUUGAUCUAAUUUUUGAAACUGCGACUUUGGUCACAGAUAUGAAAAUGCUUCUUCGAACAUCUAAUUUAAAAGCUAUGACAGCAAAGUUUCGCAAAUGCAAAGCCGAUAUCGAAAAGGAAAUGGCUGAUAUUGAGUUCCAAUUGACUCAGGUACCAAGUGGCUCCCGUAAUUUGGCAAUGAAGUCAGCCAAUCAAUUAAGGGAACUGCAAUUGCAACUGAAGCUGUCACCAAUAAUACCUACAGUAUCAACAGUGACACCUUCACCUUCACCUUCAAUCUCGGGUGCUCCUUCUCCAAGGCUACCCCAGCAACAAGUACUGGAAGGACAAUUGCCAAAACUAACCAAAAGCGCAUCGUCACUCUCUCGUAUUGCGUCGCAUACAAGCUUUAAAGCUCUUAGAUCAGUGACAGACAUCACACCCAUGGAAAAACUGACUUCUGAUAAAAGUUUUAGAGGUAAAUUACAACAAACUAUGCUUUCUAGAACUCCUACAAACAAAACUGAAGACCAGGAUUCAAGUUCUGCGUCAUCUAUUAAAUCUAGUAGUAAAAAACGUGGAAUAUUCGGAUUGUUGACGGGAUUAAAAAGAUAA